UAUGCGCGACGAACAUUCUCACUUGAAGUAACGAGGUCGGAGCGAGGACUCCCCGUCGGUUGCAGAUAGUGCGGCGUCUGAAGCUCGUCACAAGGCAACAUCGACGCUUCGCCGGGAAACGAUGACGCGUGAUUUUCGUUUUUAGAAAAAAAAAUAAUAGCACUUAAAAAGAAGCAGAAGGACGGAAGAGCGACCGAGAGGCGAAGUGGUGAAGUAGCGCCCUAUGUCCACGCUCGUAGUUUCAGGUUGCUAGCGGAGUUAGCCACCUAGCCGCGGUUAGCUCGCAGUCAGCGGCCAACUUUUCAUCAUAUCCCGGUCAAGCUCGCUCGUUUCAGUCAGGAAAAAAUGUGCUCUUCUUCGGGACGUUUAUCCGCAUGGCCGGCGGCUAGCAUCGGCUGAGAGCCUCCCUUCUCUAUUUUUGUGUCCGUUUUUCUUGUACUGCACAUUUUUGGGGCUGUUGAUUUGACAUACACAGACUGGACUUUUGCCCUACGAGUGCUGUAACGUUAACCUCCUCCAAAGGCCUCCAUUUAUCCUACCAUUGGGAGUAUUCUAAAACUUCAUUUUUUUAUAUGUAAUUUUAUUCGUUUUUAUUUCAAAGAAGACCAAGUUGUCCCGGAGGAUUUUUUUUUUUUUGCCUGUGUGGAAAAUGGAUGCGGGCAUAGAGAAGGAAUGCAGCGCCUUGGGAGGUCUCUUCCAGCUCAUCAUGAACGACAUGAAGGCCAGUUAUCCCACGUGGGAGGACUUUGUCACGAAAGGAGUCAAACUUCAGUCGCAGCUCAGGACCACCAUCCUGGUGACGGGCGCCUUCCUGGAUGCUUUUCAGAAGGUCGCCGACAUGGCGAUGGGAUCCAGAGGAGCUACCAAGGAGAUUGGCUCAGCGCUAACCAGGAUGUGUAUGAGACACCGCAGCAUUGAGUCUAAACUCAAACUUUUCACGACAGCGCUCUCGGAAAGUCUCAUUACACCGUUAGAGUUGAAGAUGGAGGAGUGGAGAAAAGCAGCCAGUCAGUUGGAUAAAGAUCACGCCAAAGAGUACAAAAAGGCGCGAGCAGAUAUCAAGAAAAAGUCGUCCGAUACAGUCAAACUACAGAAGAAGGUGAAGAAAGGGAAGGACGCAGUGCGCGGCCAGCUGGACAGCGCGCUGCAGGACGUCAACGUGCGCUACGCCGUCCUGGAGGAGACGGAGAAGAGGGCCGUGUGCCGGGCACUCAUCGAGGAGAGAGCGCGCUACUGCACCUUUGUCACAAUGCUGAAGCCGGUGCUGGACCAUGAGAUCAACAUGCUGGGUGAGGUGACGCACCUGCAGACCAUCCUGGAGGAUCUCACCACGAUGACAGCCGAGCCCAACAAACUGCCACCAGCCAGCGAGCAGGUGAUCUUGGACCUAAAAGGUUCUGACUUCAGUUACACCUACCAGACACCGCCAGCCUCACCCAGCAACACGCUGUCCAGGAAAGGCAGCGUCAGCAGCUACCAGUCUGGGUCAGUGCGGCACGUCCCUUCCUUGGACUCUAUCAGCUGUGCUGUGGAUGGCGUGCACAUCCAGCAGCGCUCCUCCCAGUACCUUCUGAUCGGCUGCGACGAAAGCGGCCGCUCCCUCAGCGAAGGGAGCGCCCCCUCUCGCCCGGGUGGCCGACAGGGCAGCCGCGGUCGCUACGGUUACGCAGCCGGUCCCGGCCAUCGCCUCGCGCCGGGCCGCCGGGUCAGCCGCCGGGAUAUGACCACCGAUGCAAUGGGCUCCACCAAUCAGCUGGCUUCUGCGAGCAUGGGCGGUGAGAACGGCCUCCUGGCGCCCCCGCCCAGCGCCUACCCGCAGCAUGGCGAGAGGGUCCGUGCCAUGUCUGCUUCUGGAAAGUCGUGUUCGGCCCGGGAUCAGCUGGCCUUGACUCUUGGCGCGCUGACGGCGGACGCGUCGCGCAGCAGCCGCGACUCGCUGCACUGCUCCAGCGGCUACAGCACGCAGACCACCACGCCGUCCUGCUCCGAGGACACCAUCCACACCCACGCUGUAAAGAGAGAGCCUCUCCUCUAUGUCGACUACGAGUCGAUUUCCCUCCACGGGGAUAGCGACUCCAUCUCCCUGCACCACCUGUCACACGGCGGCGUCAGCCAGUCGGACUUCGACAAGUCCUCCACCAUCCCGAGGAACUCGGACCUGGGCCUCCAGUACCGGAAGUUCGCCCAGUCCAAGCGUCCCGCCUCCACCGUCAGCCUGCUGGCCGAGACGGAGCUGACGGGCGGCUCGCACACGGCCACCAUCCGGCGCAAGCCGUCCACCAAGCCGGUGUACCGCCGGGGCACCAUCAGCGGGGGGGUUCCCAUCCCGAUCUGCACGCCGCAGGUCCCCAUGGGGCCGACGACCCCGGGGAGCGACGAGAAUGUGUUCAUCGCGACAUCCGGAGGAGGCUUAGGUUACAACAAACUCUUUACUUCCACGCAGAGCCUCAGCGCCCUGCCGCCAUCCUCCUCUUCCUCGUACUCGCCGUACUACCAGCUGGUGCCCGGUCAGAUGCCCAUCCCGGUGCCCGUACCCACCGUUCCACCAGAGGGCGGCAUUGCCAAGCACCAGCAACUACAACAACUCAACCACCAGGUGCAAAUGCAGCAGUUUCACCACGAGCGGCAGCUUCAGAAGCAGAACCAGCCCCAGGUUCACAGUCAGAUUCAGAUCCAGAACCAGAUCCAACCGCUGACGCAGACCCAGCUCCAGGCCCAUCCCCAGUUCCAAAACCAGCAGCAGCAGCAGCAGAAGCUCUUCCACCAGCAGAGGGCCCAGUUUCAGGCUCCCCACGCCCAGCGAGAGGACUCCAUCCUGGGCUUCACGACUCAUGGGCAGCCCCCUCCGCCCUCCAUCCUGGACCAAGACAGCCUGAUGCAAGAGAGGGGGGACAGGGACAUGCUGAACCUUAUAAGGGGCGUGAAACUCAAAAGGACCCUGACCAAUGAUCGCUCAGCACCCCUGCUGCCCCUGCCGGCCAAUCACAAUUGAGAUGCUGGUGGCCUUUCAUUUGCUUUGGUGCUGUGCGCAUUAGUUUUUGUUUUUUUUCCGUUUGACUGAGCGGUUCGCAUUUUGGACCGUGACUUAUGAAGCUUGUUAGUUAGUCAGUUAGACAGCAGGUGGAAAAGUCACAGUAAAUUUCCACAAGGACUUAAGAUGGGGAAUUGAGCUCUCCUUGCUCACAAGCGAGGGCAUCGCAGUACCUUAAAUUUUUAUUUUUAUUUUUUUUGUCAGCGUUAGUAACUCUUAGUUUGGCUUGCAUCACAAAAAAAACCCUGAAAAACAAAAAAAAAGCUUUACGUUCCAAAUGAAGAGCCAACCACAAAUUUGUAAUAUUUCCUGCGUCAUUUCUUUGAAUCCCCUUAAAUUCGAGGAAAGUCCAACUUAAUACAAAUCCUGGAAUUUCACAACUCCCUUGGUGAGGAGUCACUUCCUGCUUCCAGGAAGUUUGUCUGGCCUGGCUGUGCUUCAUGCGCUUCCCCCACCUCACACUCCCGACCGGAUGGGGUUUCUCUGAUAACCUUGACGCAUGGCGUUGAGGCCUAAUAUUGUUCUUUUUUUUUUUGACUGGAAUUCAUUGUUGACUGAACCUAAUUACUGCGAAUACGUUGGUAGAAAUGGAGCUGAGUUAGCAGUUUUAGGAGUUGAGCUGCUGUUUAUUUUUUCUUGAGCGUAGUUUUAAUUGGUGACGUCAUAGCGGGGCUAUGAGGAGAGCAAGCUCAAAAAUGUUCCCGAUGUUUUUUUUUGUUUUUUUUUUUUUUGGCCACACAAUGGCGCUCCUAGUUUUCAGGAUCUAGUUCACAGUUAGCGAAGCUUUUAUUCAGUUCAUAGUCCAAUGAUUCUAUACUUUAAAAAAAAAAAAUUAUGUGCUGGAUUGAAUACUCUGUUGCAUUGUUUUUUUUUUUGUUUUUUUUUUUUAUGAAAAAGUAAAAUGUCAUGCUUUUAUUUGUGCCUCCUUUAUGCUGUGCAGGUUUAGCUGACUGAUUUCAAAGACCGAGUCUUUAUUGGACGUUGUUUCCUGGCUGGGCCGCUAGAGUUUAUCGUCGCCUUGGUUACAGCCCAGCCUGCUUCCUCUCUCUUGCUGUCUGGUUGUACAUAUUCUUCUUUAAAUAUCCGUACAUACAGAUUGUAUUUUUCUGCAUCGGCCCUAUCGGGAAUGAUGCCGAGGUCUUAUUUUUGUAGAUGUUCUUUAAAGCAUGUCGGAAUAUCCUGGCAAGAACACCAACCAACAGAAAUGUACUUUGAUUUUUUUGUUUUUCUUCCAAUGCUGUCACGCGUGUCAUCGCCAUCAUCAUAAUUAUAUUGACAGUGCUCUUCAA